AUGGGCUCAGAACAAGCCUUUAGUGAGGUCGGUGAAUCGGCCAGGGAUCGGUUCGGCAGGCUGAAGCGUUUGGUGCAGAAGUUCCUUGAAGAUGAUGACGUGCCACAAGAGUCCUUGCCUCUGCUCAAUGAAUGCACCGAAAUAUGGUCUAGUUAUGAAGACGUGUGUCAUCAAAUAUCGAUGCAAGCGCCCAGGGAAGAUGCUAACCAUUUGUCUAAAGCAUUCCUCCGAUUAAAUGAAACUGCUUUCAUUUAUUACAUGAUAGUGUUUACACUCUUGAAGGAUACUCUUCCAAAACUAAAGGGGUUUUCGAACAAUAAGGAAAAAAACAUCGAGAACUUGUACAGGGAAAAAACCCAACUUUUACAGAACGAUCUCCAUAUUGAGCGGAUUCGAAACUAUAUCGAAAACUACCCUAAAUUGCUGCAUUUGCACACUAUAGAUGCCGGCAAAUUGAGUUCAAUGUUGCACUUCCAUGGCGACACCCUCUUGCUCAUCGAUGUGCGCCCCAGAUCUGAUUUCACCAAGGCACAUAUCAAAUGCAAAAACAUCAUAUGCAUCGAGCCUGUUUCAUUCAAGGACUCUUUUACGGAUCGACAGCUUGAAAAUGUCUCUUUGAUCACUUCAUCACAGUCAGACAUCGAUCUCUUCUCAAAUAGAAACAUGUUCAAGUAUAUUGUGCUGUAUACUGACGCCCAACUGCAUGGGGAUUUUUGGCAAAGGCAAACUCGUACCCUUGCUAAGAUUCUGUCCCAACAAUCUAUUCUCAAUCCGCUAAAUGGGACGAAAGUUCUUAUAUUGGAAACGGGGUUUUCAAACUGGGUUAAAUUAGGUGGUACGUAUCAAACACCUAUUACAGAAACGGCACAACUCACAUUUUCGUCUUCGACGCCAACCUUGAGUGAAUCGCACAUACCUGUACGGCUAUUUAAUCAGGAAUCUAUCCCUCGACCUAAGGAAAAGAAUAUUCCAUUGGUGUCGAUGAACACUCAACCUUUACAAGCGACUGUUCAGAGGCCUCAGGUGCCCUUAUACUAUCCAGAAGUUCCCAUUAUACCGCAGUCAAGGCCCUCCCAAAACUCUCCCGUCUUACAGAAUGCUAACCCGUAUUCAUUAAAUGCCCUUCCAAAACUCAAUUCUCCAUCGUUCAUCAAAAAUAAAGUCAACAUCAUAGGCAAACCAUCUCAAGAUAUUCGGGGUACUCAGAUCAACGUCUAUUCACCUUCAGUAUCCAACAUAUGUCCGCCGCGCAUCCCGCCUUUACCGCAGCAGAAUUCGUCUUCAUCGAGACAGACCAUACUGAACAAUUCUCAAGUGAUUGAUCUAGAUUUUAUCGUAGGGCUGGAGAACACGGGUAAUUGUUGCUAUAUGAAUUGUAUACUUCAAUGUUUGGUGGGGACACAUGAUUUAGUCCGGAUGUUUUUGGAUAACACGUAUUUGAAUUUUAUUAAUUUCGAUAGUUCAAAAGGUUCCAAGGGAUUAUUAGCUAAAAACUUUGCUACUUUGGUACGUAAUAUGCACAGAAACAGUGCUUUUAUGCCUGUCAACUCAAGAACAACUCCAGUUCAGACCAUUCAGUUCAAAAAAAUAUGUGGUCACAUUAACUCCAUUUACAGUGAUUCGAUGCAGCAGGACUGUCAAGAAUUUUGUCAGUUCUUACUUGAUGGACUGCAUGAGGAUUUGAACCAAAAUGGUGGCAAAGAACAUCUCAAACAGUUGACCGAAGAGGAAGAGCAAAAGAGGGAGAAAAUGACCAUACGUAAAGCUAGUGCUCUUGAAUGGGAAAGAUUUUUACUCACUGAUUUCAGCGCAAUAAUCGAUCUAUUUCAAGGACAGUACGCAUCAAGGUUACAAUGCCAAGCCUGUGACCGUACUUCAACAACGUAUCAAACAUUCUCUGUUCUUUCCGUUCCUGUUCCACGAAUUACAACUUGUAACAUAUUGGAUUGCUUUCGGGAAUUCACCAAAUGUGAAAAGCUAGGUAUUGAUGAACUGUGGUCGUGUCCUCGAUGCUUGAAAAAGCAACCCUCCACUAAGCAACUCAAGAUUACUAGAUUGCCCAAGAAACUGAUAAUUAAUUUAAAAAGGUUUGACAAUCAAAUGAAUAAAAAUAAUGUGUUUGUUCAAUAUCCUUAUUUCUUGGAUCUUACACCGUACUGGGCAAGAGAUUUUAAUCAUGAAGCUAUAGUUAACGAGGACAUUCCCACCAGAGGCCAAAUACCACCAUUCAGAUACAGAUUGUAUGGGGUUGCAUGUCAUUCGGGAAGUUUGUAUGGUGGUCAUUAUACUUCCUACGUUUAUAAGGGACCCAAAAAGGGCUGGUACUUUUUCGAUGACUCAAUUUAUCGUCCUAUAAGGUUUAAUGAUGAAUUCAUCACACCUAAUGCAUACGUUUUAUUUUAUGAAAGAAUUUUCUGA